CGCCUCCAGUACCAGAAGUGGGCCUGGCUCGUCUAGGGGAGCCGGGCGAGACUCUACGGUGGAAAGGCGAGCACAGGGCCCUCGCUUAGUUCCCAAGCUUAGUUCCCAACCGGAGCCGACGUAGAUUCAGGAGUAGUGCGCUCCUUCUCAACGAGCCUUCCGUUUCAGCAAGUGUUGGAGGAUGCAAGUAUUUGGUCGUAUUUUUAAAUGUCUCAUCCAGUUGAAAACCGAGGGGAAACCGGCACUAGAAGUGUGUACCAGAAGGCUAAGCUCAGUGAAGGCGUUUAAGAAGCUUCUUUUGCUGCCCGUCACCCUCAGUUCCCCUCCCGCACAGGGAUGUGCAGAUGGAGGCCGGAGAAGACACUGCUGCCCCAGCCCCCGGGGACGCAGAGGACUUGGAGGACACGCAGUUUCCCAGUGAGGAAGCAGGAGACGGUGGAGGGGUUCACGAGGACCCAACAGAUCUCGGAGAUGGGAACCUGGAGGAAACAGGAUCCGGGACCAAUGACAAGCCACCCAGCCUUCUGUCAUCGCUGCCCGAGUCAGAGUCCCCUUCAUGUAAUUGUGAGCUCUGGGAUCCUUCAGCCUCUGAGAAUAGUCCCAUGGGUGACCCUGAGAGUGGCUCUGGGGGCCAGGGCGGAGACCCCAGUGACGAGGACUGGCGCAGCAAGCGGAAGCACGUGUUUGUGCUGAGCGAGGCAGGCAAGCCCAUCUACUCGAGGUAUGGUAGUGUGGAGGCACUGUCAACCACCAUGGGCGUGAUGACAGCCCUCGUGUCCUUCGUGCAGAGUGCAGGAGAUGCCAUCCGCGCCAUCUAUGCUGAGGACCACAAGCUGGUGUUCCUACAGCAGGGCCCACUGCUGCUGGUGGCUGUGUCAAGGACUCCUCAGUCAGCAGCCCAGCUUCGGAGGGAGCUGCUAGCUGUGCACGCACAGAUCGUGAGCACACUGACCCGUGCAAGCGUGGCCCGCAUCUUCGCCCGUAAGCAGAACUAUGACCUCCGCCGCCUGCUGGCUGGCUCAGAGAGCACACUAGACCGGCUUCUGGACAGUGUGGAGCGAGACCCAGGUGCCCUGCUCUUGGGCGCCGUGCGCUGUGUGCCCCUUGCUCGCCCACUGCGGGAAGCACUGGGUGCACUGCUCCGACGUUGCACAGCACCUGGCCUGGCACUGUCCGUGCUGGCGGUGGGUGGUCAACUCGUGACAGCGGCCCAGGAGCGGAGUGUGCUGGCUGAGUGCCGGCUGGACCCAGCCGACCUGCAGUUGCUGCUCAACUGGGUCAGUGCCCCGGCCUUUGCAGCGGGGGAGGCGUGGGCACCUGUGUGCCUGCCCCGCUUCAACCCUGAUGGUUUCUUCUACGCCUAUGUGGCCCGCCUGGACACCAUGCCUGUCUGCCUGCUGCUGCUUGGCACCGACCCUGAGGCCUUCCAUGACAUGGCCACCUGCCGGCGCCUGGUGGAAGACGGGAUGCACAACCUUGGUGCAAUGCGUACUCUUGGGGAGGCUGCCAGCUUCUCUAAUGCCCCAUCAGCCAAUGCCCCUUCCUAUAGUGUGCAGGCUGUGGGGGCACCUGGCCUCUGGCACUUCCUCUAUAAGCCACUGGACAUCCCUGACCAUCACCGCCAGCUGCCCCAGUUUACCAGCCCCGAGCUAGAGGCCCCAUACAGCAGAGAGGAGGAACGGCAGCGCCUGUCGGACCUGUACCACCGCCUGCAUGCACGCCUCCAUAGCACCUCCCGGCCCCUGCGCCUCAUCUACCAUGUGGCUGAGAAGGAGACGCUGCUGGCCUGGGUGACCUCCAAAUUUGAGCUCUAUACCUGCCUCAGCCCCCUGGUGACCAAGGCAGGUGCCAUCUUGGUAGUGACCAAACUCCUGCGCUGGGUGAAGAAGGAGGAGGAUCGGCUCUUCAUCCGUUACCCACCCAAGUACUCCACACCCCCCGCAGCCUCAUCUGCCUCCACAGACCAAGCGUCCCACAAUGGCUUGUUCAGUGGACCGUGAGAGGCAGAACUCCCAGACUGGGCAGUGCUGGGCAUGGCCACCAUUGGCUUUUGCCUUCUUUCUCUACCCUGGAAAUGGGCCAGGUGGGAGGGAUGAAGCGUUCAUGGUGGUGUCUGUGACUGGUUUCUCCCUGGGCAGUGGGGCAGGAGCGGAGGGCCUGCCCACGAAUGAGAGGUGGUUGGCGGCAUGGCUGCACACAGGCGAGCAGGCUGCUUCCCCAGCCCCCUCACGUACCCCCGACUGUGGGGAGGUCCUGCGGCCUCUUCCCCUCCCUCUGCCUCACUUCCUCCACUUGGAUGAUAUUCCAGCCUCUGCCAGGGGCUUUCUCCUUCAGUCCUGGGCACCACCCCUCUGUCCUGCACCUGGAAUUAACUUUGGUGGUGGGCUCUUAGCCCUGAGGGUCCUGGGCUGGCUGAGGUCUUUUGGGGUGGCCCACGGGGGAUUCUGAGGUUGCGAACGCAGGGCCAGCCUGUGCCUGGAACUGGACUAAGGAUACUUUAAAGAAAAGAACUGAAGAAAAAGGCCUGAACCACUCCCCAUGAGGCCAUUCCUUUGCCCUUCAUAUACUUCAUCUUUACCCUGUCAAAAAUGACCUCCAUCAAUGUCGGCUGCUGCUAAUGUUAAUGAGAAAGGUGGCCUCCACCGGCUGCCUGUCUGGUAACCCUUGACAAAGCCACUGACCUCAUAGGGUGGAUGAAAUCCAGUUUUUUUACCCAGGAGGUGCACUUAGUUUCUGAGGCUUGUUCUGCACCUUCGUGAAACGGAGAAAACUCGCCUCUCACAGGCAGAUAAGUCAGGAUUUGGGUUCAAUGGAAAGGGACUGGAACUCCUUUGUACCACCGCGUGACACAUGCACAGUUCUCCCGGACUUGUGCACAACCUGCACUACUGGAGCAACCUGGAGAGGGAGGGACCUCCCUUGAGUUUGUGUCUGUUCUCCCAACACUCACUCCCCAGCCUUUUUAAGACCUCAGUUUUGCCCUUGUUUCCUCUAAACUGGAGUUAAAGGCGCAUGCUCCUCACUGGAUCAGAGGCUCCCUGAAACCUCUGCUCACACCCUGGUCAACUGAGAAGCCUACGCCCUGCACGCAUGCGCGCUACAGAGCCUUCCUUGCGUGUGGGUUAUUUUACCAAUUGUCCAAGGCGCAUGCGCCAGGUUCUUGCGUUGGGAAAUGGCGGGGAAGUUGGAGCCCCUGGAGGUCUUGGAGGAGACCGAGGAGGGUAAAGACGAUGAGGGUAAGCUGGCCUUCCCUGCCCAGGGCAUAUGGGCGAUGUGGCUGCCCUAUUCCAAUAAUGAAAUAUUGAUAGCAGUGCUAAAAAAAAGAAAGUAUAAUUUUAAGCCUUUUGUGAAAUAGGGUACUAUAUUGUGGAGAUAACACGCUUAAUUUCAUGUGAAUUAACUAUUGUCAGCUUUAUUGGACAUAUUACUUAGUAUUUUAAAGUAAACUACUUCGGUGUGCAUCUCCAGUCAUCGAAUGGAGGUGGAAAGUCUCGCAGAAACCACUCCAAUGCUGCCACACCUGGGAAAAUGAACGGUGAUUGCCCAGUGUCACUUGACCCCCAGCACAUACCACGCUGUGUGGGGGCUCCUAAAUCUUAACGGCCACUCCCACAGACAGCCUUUCUCCAGGGCCUUUUGUAACGGUACCUGCUUCCUAGGGAGAGGGGAAAAUUGCCUGCAGACAAGUGGGAAUUGCAGUUUAGACAAAAGUAGAAAACCUCCCAAGACAGUGAUCUGCUAUUAUGCCCCGAUCAUUAUUUUAACUGUAGGAAUUGUUUAAAUGUACCGACACAGAAAGAAUAGCAUGAUAAAUGCUCAUUCACCCAUCGUUGUUUCAGUAGUUGUCAAGUUUUUGCCCUUUUUUCAUCUAUAACACCCUUUCCUGCAUAGUCUUUAAACCAUUGUACUGAUACACAUACUGGGUUGCCUUUUUCCAGGCCUAUCUGUGCAGACGUCAACAAUAGUGAGGAUAGUUGUUUAUUGUCCUAGGGUGUGAGCUCUGUGGAAGCCAUUUAUUGCUCUUUCCCCAACACUCAAACAAUGGCUGCUUGGCAUAUAAUAAGUGCUCAAUAAUUUUCUUUGUUUAUUGUGUGAAUAAUAAUACCAUGAGCUCUCUUAGGUCAGGGCCACACAUUGAACACCAGCUUUCAACAAAGGACAGGCACAAAUGAGACAUGCAAACAGAGCUCAUUUAUUAAGCACUUAGUAUAGCUGCCACUGCUGCUAAAAAAACUUUUAUUUUUAGUAUCAAGUUGUCAAAUUUGUCAAAAUUGAAGUCAUUAAUUUCAUCAGCAACACAAAAUUUAAAAGCAUAUCAAGCUACCAUUUCUAGCCAUUAAAAUUGGCUUGAUAAAGGGAGGGAUAACAUCUAAUAUUGAUUACUCUGGGGGAAAGACCAUCUCGUCUCACUGGGAGAACUAACCAGGAAAGGCUUCGCGAGCGGCAGCUGGGCAGAACACUUUUAGCAUCUAAAAUACUAUUCCGUAUCUUCAGUCACCGUUCUCAGUAAUGGGGAGGAUACAUGGGUAUGUGGACCAGGAAAAGCCAUUAGAGUGUUGUUGGUGGAAGAGAAAAAAAAAAAAAGGCAAUCGUGGAAAUGGCUAAAUUCAGGGAUUUUCAUGCAUAUUGUGGAAUACCUGUGUGGGGGGCUUUUUACUUUUUUCAGUAGCAGGAAAAAAAUAAUUAAAUUGCAAUUUAAUUUAAAAUAAUUUUAAAAGGACAAGAUGAGUAUUUAUUGACAUAAUGAACUCCAAGACAUAUUUUUAUGAGGGGGGAAAAAAACAAGUUUGGAUUUUAAAAAAUAAAGGCAGCGUCAACUAUAGGCCUGUGAGGGCUGCGCAGAAAACUAUCUGAAGGUGGGAGGCCUAACUAGUGACUCUUAACAAGGAACUUGAAUCUCGGGGGCUGUGCAAAAAAAACCAGAGGCAUUUUUGUGAUUUUUUUUCUUUUAGGAAAAUAUAAUAUCAUUUUAAAAUACGAGAAGGGGGAAAUUUGGUAUCUGAGGAUCCUAUGUUAAUAUUGAUUGAUAUUGACACUAAACUCGGUUUUGAUGGUUAGACUGUGGUUACCUGGUAGGUUCCCCUUGUGUAGAGGAAACACACACUGGAACGUUAAGGAAUAAAGGGCCAAGACCCCUGCAAUCUGUGGUACAGAAACGCUCACCAACGGGAAACCUGAUAUGAGGGCAAAUAGGAGAACCGUGGUCUAUUUCUACAACUUUUAUGUACGUCUGAAAUUAUUUCAAAAUAAAAUGUUUAAAAGGGGAUCAUGUGCUCUAGGUUGUUUUUUAACAUGGAUUUAAAAAAAAAUUAUCAAGAUGUUAGUUAGAUUAUUUAAAAGAUUUACUGAUUAGCCAUGAUCUUACCCCAUGACUAGGGCUACAGAUGCAGGGAGAGGAAGAACAGAGAUGGAGCCUUCACAGAAAUGGUUGUACAGUCCAGCUGUAAAAAACACAGGGACAGUCAGGGAAAUCACACACGUUCUGGGUCCUGGAUGAUGCUAAUAAUCCAUUGAUUAGUGAUGAUUGUUAAUAUUGGUGUGAUUUUAGGAUUGGAGUCAUCUAAGAAAAUGUCUUCAAGUGGUGAGACUUAAGUAUUUGGGGAAGUUUGGGUCUUGCUUGAAAAUACUUGUUUCUUUCUGUCUGUCUGUUUCUGUCUCUCUCCAUUGCUCUGUCUCUCUAAAAGCAAUACAUUUAAAAAAAUACUUCACAGGAAAAAUAUAGCUGAGGCAAAUGUGUAUGAAUAUUAAUGACUUUCAGAUGCUGGCGAUGAGUAAAUCAUUGAUUAUGGUAGUCCUACUUUUGUGUGCAAUUGGAAAGUUUCAUAAUGAAAUAUUUAAAAACAAUAACAAAUAUCUAAUUAUUAUUAAAGUAGCUUUAACUUUUUGUUUAAUUUCCAAAUAGUAAGAGUAUUUAAAAGUGUUGAAAGUCUCAAGAGGACACAUGCCAGUCAAUAUCAGAGAGAGACACUGAGAUUUGGGGCCAAGGAGAAAGAGGGAGGUUUCGUUUUUAACUUUAUGUGUUCAUGUAGUGGUUGAUUGUUUUUUGAAUGUUACUUGGAUAAGAAAAUAAAAAUUAAAUACAUGAAAUACAUUUUACUGAGA